AACAGGUGUCCCCACAAUCCCACAGUCCCAACCAAACAACAUCAUCAUCAUUAUCAUGAUCAGGAACUAUUCAAUAAGCCACUCUCUCUCACAGAGUAAUCCUCGGCGUCUCCGAUCCGGUAAUCCGCCGAGUUGCUAGGAUUUUCCAUUAUUCAGUUUUCACCCCUUCUAAAUAAGUAAAUCCCCAAUCUCCACAUUUCCAAUUCUCAGGUUAGCAGAUGGCUGUGGUGUUGGAGGCGAAGGAUGCAGGAGAAUGGACUUACAGAGGAGAAGGGGCUGUCAACCUGGUUCUUGCUUAUAAUGGAACCCGUUCUGAUUUUGUUGGAAAAGUAUUGCGGAUACAGAAGGUACCAAGGAAUGGGUCUGAAAAUGGGAAUGGUUAUUUAGGUCUAACCAAUCAGGAAUGCGUCUUGUGGAAAGAAGUUAAUGAGAUUGUAUCAGCUCCUACAAGGGAAAUAGCUCAGCACUAUUUUGUGCAGCAUGUGAUGUGCCCGCUUUUGGGUCCUGGACACGUUGAUGCAGGGAUUAGCAUUCAGGUGACCCAAGAAUUUCUGGAAACCGUUGAAAGCAAUGUCCUCUCACAGCGUCCUGCUUGGCGUGUUGAUGCUGCAAAGGUCAAUCCCCUAUGUGAUUCUGUUAUGCUCAUUUCCGAUCAUUCAGUGUUCCCACUCGGUAUGUGUAAAGAGGCAUGCAGCAUUUCUGUAGAAAUUAAGCCUAAGUGUGGAUUCCUUCCACACUCAGAAUUUAUCGCAGAAGAUAAUGCUAUUAAAAAGAGUGUAACUCGUUUUCAAAUGCAUCAGGCUCUAAAAUUGAACCAAGGAAAGAUAUCAGAGGUAAGUGCAUAUGAUCCUCUGGAUUUAUUCUCUGGAUCCAGAGACAGAGUACGCAAGGCAAUAAACAACCUUUUUAGGACCCCACAGAAUAAUUUUCGGGUUUUCCUGGAUGGUUCUCUCAUCAUUGGUGGUUUGGGUGGUGGUGCAGACACUACUAGUUGUGAAGUUGGUAAAGCAUUUGAAAAUUCGCUCAAGCAUGUAAUUCAGGCAGAAGAGGGCAUGCGGACACAAUAUUUUCUAGAGCUCAUCUCCAAGACUGUCUGUAGUUCAGAGUUGCUAAAUCGGCUUCUUGAAGUCCAGAAGCUAGACACAACUGACAUUGAAGGUGCAAUUCACGCAUAUUAUAAUGUUAUUUCUCAGCCUUGCAUGGUCUGUGGACAAUUAGAUAAAGAUCAAUCAUCGAAGAGAUAUAACUCUCUCCAUUCAAUGUCGAUGGAGGAAAGCUUGAAGAUUGUGAGGGACUACUUGAUAGCUGCAACUGCAAAGGACCUUAGUAUGAUAAUUAGUUUUAGACCUAGAGAAGCUGGUAAUGUGGAAUCCCCAUAUAGCAUUGUCUCCUUAGAAUCAACCGACCAAAGUUUUGACUACAAGGCAUCUUUCAUUGACCUGGACUUGAAACCUUUGGAAAGGAUUGAAUACUACUACAAGUUAGACCAACAGAUUGUCAGCUGCUAUGUUCAGAUGGUGAAGUCCAAUCAUCAACUCGACCACACUGGAAGCACUAUCGGAGCUUGACAAUGAGGACAGUUUCUGAAAACAGUGGAUCUAGUUUGUUCAAAGUGCAGAAUGAAGGUGAUGAAGUUAAUAUCAAAGGUAGAAGGCAUAAAUUCCAUUGUCCUUGAUCACAGUUACUGGUGAGGCUGAUCCAGUAUGCAUAAUUACACAGGUCCGAAGAUUCAGAAGAUCUGCACAGAUAAGUAGCAUAGGUCCUCCCAAAGAAGAGAAGAAAGAUGUCAUUCCUUCUCUUUCCAAAACAUGUCAAAGAUGUGACAUUUGGUACGUGAUCAACGUCGAUUAUUGUAGCCAGUUUUGUAACAUUUUAUGAUGAAAGGAAAACUACGCAUGCUACUACUUUAAGUAAUUCUUAUACUCUUGUUAAGUUAUUCGUGAAUUUGUAAUCCCAAAGCCAUGGUAUUACUUCCUCUUUAUUGUGAUAAUAACCAUUUCCAAAAGUCAAAAAGACUUCUUGGGUGUAUAGGCAGUAUUUUUGCCCAAGACUGAAGCAUUUGUUGAAUGACAAUAACAUUCAUAUUUUCUGUUCCAAUGGAUCUGAAGAUUCCUAUUC